GAGUCAUAUGAAGAGUGAAAAGUGUGUUGUUGGGUUACUUCCGCUGUCAAUGUAAACCACCACAGAAUUUUUCCAGUUAUUUAUUUCUGCAACAACCUAUACAGAAAGGAUGGCCUCCCAAACAUGGGAUAUACCAGAUUUUGGUGUAGAAAGAAAAGGGUCAUUAUUUCUCCGCUCAAAUGAUAUGAAUUAUGGGAGGGCCACACUCACCUCAAACUGGCAUCAAGCCAGGGAAGCUGAACCCAAAGACUAUGACAUCAGCAAAAAUCCUGAGAGAGACUUGUGUAAAGCCACAUACAGGAGGAUCGGAGACGUAACAGAUGGGUCCCUGCCUAUGACAACUUACCAGGACCAUGCACAACAGAUUAACCUGAGGAAGAACUUUGAAGAGAGGGAAACCCGCAAACCAAUGAUAACAAUGGAGACACUAGAACACGCUCACAUUGACAGGGACACUGGCACACCGAAGGAAGGAUUUGGUUCUGUCCUUCCUCUUCAUGACCCAGAACACAAGAAGAUGUACAUGGAAACCACACACAAGGCAGAUUUCGGAGCACCAUUUCCUUAUGAACCUGCACCGGAGAGGCCUCCAGAUUUUGAAGAUCUAUCUCCAGCAUACAGAAAGUGCAACUCCCAGUUUACAGACAAGGUCGACUACCGGCGUCUUGGACGCAACACAUGGCAAGAUGAGAGCGGAAUCUACAGCAACACCCACUACAAGAGACAAGUGUACAAACCUACCAACACCAUUCCAAGUACAGUACAGCUGGAGUAGUGUCAGCAUCACAUGUGUGUGCUAAUGUAUAUAUGAAACAUAUUUACACAAAACCUCUUGUUUGUCUAAGUCAACACUACAGCUCUAUCAUGUAGAGAUAUACUCUCCUCACCAAGGGGUUGUAUUGAAUUAUCUGUUUAUAUUACAUAGGUGUAUUUGGGUCAUCUGGUGCAAGUUUGCAUAGGAUAAAUGUUAUAGUCAUGAAAUGUCUGAAAUGUUUAAAUUGAUGAAGAUGAAAAUCUUGCAUAUUUACGUGACUCAGUGAGUCAGCACAACCUUUUAGGAAUGUCUAUCACCAUAGUUUAAUUUUACUUGAUCACUUUCCGACCGUGUUUUACUAAAGACAUUGAUUUUGGGAGGUCUCUAGAAGCAAAAUAGAAUUCUUUUUAAAUUUAAAUGUGUUGCAGAUAUGAAGAUGUUUGUUGAGGAAUGUAUAUAAAUAAAUGCAAAAUUCUA